UUUUUGAGUUAAUUUCAUUGUUGAACCUCACAGUCGUAUUACGUUUCCAAUACAACAUGACUGGACGUGGAAAAGGUGGAAAGGGUUUGGGAAAAGGAGGUGCCAAGAGGCACAGAAAAGUGUUGCGUGAUAACAUCCAGGGCAUCACCAAGCCAGCUAUUCGCAGAUUGGCAAGAAGAGGUGGUGUUAAGCGAAUCAGCGGCUUGAUCUACGAAGAAACUCGUGGCGUUUUGAAGGUAUUCCUGGAAAACGUUAUCCGCGACGCCGUCACCUACACUGAACACGCUAAAAGAAAGACAGUAACAGCUAUGGAUGUUGUGUACGCUUUGAAACGACAAGGCAGAACACUGUACGGCUUUGGAGGUUAAAGAAUAUCGUCAAAAAACAAAAAAAUACAAUCGGCCCUUCUCAGGGCCAACAAAUUGUUUAAACGUAUGGCAACUUUCAGUUUUUCUUGUAUCAAGUAGAUUUUUGGAGCAUAAAUACAAUCUAAAUGUGUAUAA